CUUGAGCGCACCACACGCAAAUGUCUUAAAUGAAAUAGAAAGUAUGUUGUCCUGUGACUGUCACAGGACGACAUAAUUAUUACUGAAUGGUCGGACAAACAUAGUCAUGGAUUUGAGUAAACCAGUCAGAUACCAUGGGUUAGUGAACCAGGGAGCUACGGAUUACCUGAACAGUGUCCUGCAGGUGCUGUUCAUGACAGAAGACUUCAGAGAAAGCAUCAAAAAGAGCAACGCAGGGAACGAGCGCAUUGACAGAGAGCUGAAGGAACUGUUUGAAGACUUGGAAAAAUAUGAUGCGUCUACGUACAACAUUACAAAUAAACUCAAGAUCAGAAAUGUGCAUGAGCAGCGUGAUGCAGCAGAGCACUUUGAGAAGAUUUUACGUCUGACCAGUCCAGAAGCCUCCCAGAUCUUCCAUGGAAAAUUGAUAAACAGUAAUAUAUGUCGGGAGUGUAAAGAUAAAACUGAGACUGCUGCAGGAUUCUGGAGCCUCCCUCUUCCUCUGGUGAAUGACAACAAUGAAUACAAUGUGGAGAAAGGCAUUGAGGACUUCUUCCGUCCUUCUGUGAUCAGUGGAGAUGAUCAGAUGUACUGUGAGAAAUGUGAUAAAAAAUGUGAUGCAGAUCUGGGUUGUGAGAUGAAAGAUCAUCCAGAGGUCUUGGUGCUGUUGUUAAAGCGCUUUGAGUUUGACUACAGAUACAUGACUUAUGUCAAAAACAACCAGCCUGUCAAUGUGCCCCAAACUCUGCAGAUAUCAGGGGAACACCUUUAUAACCUGUAUGCUGUUGUGGAACAUUCUGGAGAACUGAGAUGUGGACAUUAUGUUUCCAUUAUCAGGUCCCAGAAUGAUGAUGAAUGGUAUAUUUUUAAUGAUUCUAUGGCGCCCCACUUUGUUUCACCAACACUGGAAAGAUCCCGAAGAGCUUAUUUACUGUUUUACCGAAAACAACAAAAAGAAACUCUGCAAGACAAUAUCCCCAAUGGUAUCAACCAAACACAGCAAGGUUCAACUGAGACCAACCAGGAAGAUGAAGGAACAUCAGUCAAGGAUCUGAGGAAGAGGCGUGCACCAAUUGACAAUGAAAAAGAAGAAGACAAGAAUAAGAAACCAAAACAGGAGCCAAUUGUAGGUGAAGAUUUGGGUCAGAAAGGUCAGAAAUGUCAAGAUAUAGACAACGAUCGCAGCUCUUCUAAUCAGCAAAUGUGUGACUUUAAUGAACCAGGAUUAAACAGAGAAAGGGGAAAUAGUGAGUGUACAGUUGAGUCCACUGAACAUAUAAAGGUUAAACAGGGACCCCAACCAGAACUUAAGCAAUCGUUUGCAUCAGAGAAAACAGAUCAGCCAAAUCAAAUCAAAUCAUCAGAUCAAAUGUACCCAAAUCAGGAAACUUUAGCAAUUGCACUGACAGAAACAGGAAAGGUUCAAAUGAAAGAAUUUUCUCUAAAACCACACUUUGAGCAAAAUGAACACCAACAAGGAAACGAAACUAGAGAAAAUGGUUGUAAAGGAUCGGGAAGAUGUGAGGGUCUGUCAUCAGGGUCAUAUAUUGAUGUUAAUACAAAAACAGCAGUGGGUAAUAAUAAUGAAGUGAGAACAGAAACAACAGAAGAAUCUGAAAACACUGGACAGUUAACUCAAAUAUACCCAAAGCAGGAUAAUUUAGGAACAGAAACUAUAGUGAAUGUAGAGGAUGGUGAAGGUGGUGGAGCUGAGGAUAGAUUUAAGUUUACUCCUGGUUUCUCAUUGGGGUUUAGUGACCAAAAUGAACACACAGUCCAAAUGCAGAUUGAAAUUACUUUGGUACAAAAUCAAUCAGUUACAGAAACACUAGAAGCAUCUGAAAAUACAGGACCGUUAAGUCAACUGUACCCAAAUCAGGAUCAUUUAGGAACGGAAACUACACUGAAUGCAGAUAGUAAAGGUGUUGGUGAGGUUGAGUUUAUUCGUGGUUUCCCAUUGGAGCUUAGUGACCGAAAUGUACAGACAGUUGAAGUAAUGCAGACUGAAAUUACUCAGAUACAAAAAAGUGGUCCGAUAGAAAGCCAGGGAUGUUCUGAAACUAGUGAAAAUGGUUGUGAUGACGUUACUAUGACAACAGAAAAACAGGAGCAGGGAAGUGGCCGAUCAGAAACUUUUUUACAAAUGUGCAGGAAUACGGAUAGAACAAUUGGGUGGACCAGUCAAAAUGUUUAUGAUAAAAUGCAAGGCUUAGGUGCUGAAGGUAGUCCUGGUGAAAUAAACAAUGCAAUAGAUGAAAAUGUGCAUAAGAUUGAUUAUAGCACAGAUGACACCAAAUCUAGUGAAUUUAAUACACUUUCAACGACGUGGCAACCAGAGAGUACAGCCUAUAAGAAGUUAGACGAAACUGAAAUGAACAAAUCGUGGUCAUUGGGGGAAAGUAGUUGUAAAAAUGCCCAUGAGAGGGAAGAAAAAGGUUCAGAUUCAGAUUUAGGUCGUACAGGUGAUGGAAUUUCCCAUAGAGUCCGUGCUGAGGAAUUCUCUAAGGACAGUGAGUUUAUUUGUGGUAGUGAACCUUUGCAAAAUACUUCAUAUAAAAAGAAUGAUCCUGGUUAUAGUCCAUCUGUGAACCAAAACAAUCUCAGACCAUCUUUUUUAACAGAGCAGAAAGAUCAGGCAGAAGUAGAGGGAGAGAAAAAUGAUCAAAAUAUUUGUUUUGAAAAACUGGAAAUUACUGAAAAAUCAGAGCUGAGUUUUGAGGGUCCACAAAAAACAGAGUGUCAAAUAGACGGCGCUUCUAUAAUACGUAUAAUUGCAAAUCCACCGUCACAAUCUGUAUCAGGUACAGAAACAGAAUGCAGUCGUGGUGGGGAAUACAGCGAAAGAUUUAAACAGGAAAGAUUAGGAGAUGAUUCAUCUAAUGUCCAAAAACUUGAAAAUAAAGAAAUGACAGACAAGCUAAAGUGGCAAGUCAUGUUGCGCAAAGUGCCGGUUGAGAGCUGUGUUGUGACCAUAGAAGAAGAUACAGAAGUAUACAGGAUUACACUUGCAAAGAAAAGCUUACAAAAUGACAAAACUACUGAAUGCAAGAAUGUUAGCCUGACAGAAAUGCAGAAAACAACAAACAACAAGCGCAAUCAGAGAUAGCAACCUGGUCCCCCAUGAGGCGUUAUGUGUGUGCCAACUUGUGUGAUGACUGGGUGAAUAUUUUAGCCCGCAGAUGGUUCAGAAAUUGCCGAAAUUGCCUAUCCUUUAUAAUGGAGUGACCUUUCAAUUGACCCGUGUGACCUCAAAUGACCUCGAAUUGUCACCAAACUUUUUUUUUUUUUGCGGCAUCGGGCAUGGGGGCUUGACCCACAUACCAAAUUUGCUGACAACUGGUGCAUAAAUGGCGGAAUUGUCUCAGGUGGACAGA